AUGCAAUUGAGCGAUACAGCCGAUUCAACCACCCUCGGUUAUUGGUUAAAUUGGAGGGUCUAUCUAUGUGUAUGUUCUGUUUUGCUAUGUAUGCUUCUUGCAUCUUUUACCAUAUGGAAGCGUGAAAAUUCAAGGAACCUCGCCAUUGACAAACGACAAAACCAGCAAGACAGGGAUUUGUGUGGCGAUGAAGCGUGGAAGCCAUGCCUUAAAAGCAUUCAUCCUGCUUGUUUGCUAGCUUUUCGAGUUUUUUCAUUCUCUUCUCUUUUCGCGACGCUGACUACCAAACUUCAUUUCAGCCGUGGCGUGACAUUUUACUAUUACACUCAGUGGACCUUCACUCUGGUUACGGUUUAUUUUGGGUUUGGAUCUGUGCUAUCAGUUUAUGGGUGUUAUAUGUAUAGAAAAUCAACAGACAGUGCCUUUAAUGAUAAUAUUAGUAGAAUAGAUGCAGAGCAAGGUCCACAUUUGCCUCUCUUAUACCAGGAUGCCACAAAUGCAUCUAGAAUGGAACGCCCAGCUGAUCCUGACGUUAACAUACAAAAAAGUCAAAUUGCGCCCAUUUGGAGUUACAUUUUUCAUAUUUUAUUCCAGAUUAGUGCAGGAGCUGUCGUGUUUACGGAUUGCGUUUAUUGGCUCAUUAUUUUUCCAUUCCUUACCCUGAGAGAUUAUGAUUUAAACUUUAUGACAGUGAACCUGCAUACAGUAAAUUUUAUUUUGCUCUUUGGUGAUGCAGUUUUAAAUUGCCUGCGAAUACCUUGGUCUGGGAUGUCUUUCUGUGUAUUAUGGACAGGUGUUUACGUAAUUUUUCAGUGGAUAAUUCAUGCUUGCGUCUCAAUUUGGUGGCCUUACCCAUUUCUUGAUUUGUCAUCACCUUAUGCACCCUUGUGGUACUUGUUGCUGGCAUUAAUGCAUAUUCCAUGUUAUGGUUUCUUUAUGCUGAUUCUAGAAAUGAAACAUUAUUUCUUAUCCAAAUGGUUCCCAUCCUCUUAUCAGUGCUAA